GGCUGUUUCAGCUAGAAUGGAUACUGUGGCUCUGCCAGUUCCGUUGCAGAUGAAAGAUGACCUAAUCAAGAAUCAAGAACUAACGUUGUUUCCAUAAUCGCUCGUCACUGUACUCUCGCUGAAUGACGACGCUAAAGAUGAGAAUUUCAGUGAACAAAAGCAAAGGAGACGAUUGGGAAAAGGAUUUGAAGAUCACGAGGAAUCUACUCAUCACUCACAACGACAAGAAGCUUGAAUCCAAGAAGCGUGCAUGUUCUGAUGAUUUCAACGGAAAAGUGUGGGUUUAACGCAAGAUUGCGAGAGGAUGAUUCACAAACCUAAGACGAGUGAUCAAGGUUGUCUGCGAAAUCAUUCUUCUUCAUCACCGACUGCCACCAUUGUUGCUGCUCACCGGUCUUCUCAUCAUUCUUCUUCAUCACCGACGACUGCCACCAGAAGUGGGUGGGAUGGCCAAAACAAACCUAAGAGUCGUGAAACUUCGGAACAAGGUUGUCUGCGAAAUCUAAGAGGUGGAAGGGAUUGUCAGAAGAAAACGCAGCCGCCAUUGCACAGCGAAAAGGAAAGUCGUAGGUUUGAUCAUUCAUCGUCAUGUGCCACCACUGCCGCCAUUGAUCAAGAAAGUUGCAGUACUACUUCACUUACUGUUGGCGCUCCGCUUUCUCCAACUCAUGCUCUACGUGCUGCCCAGAUGAAGCAACGUUACGCACAUCUUAUUUUCAAAGAAAAUCAUCAACUAAAGCAGGGAGAUAUUGCUGACCAUUUGAAGCAACAAGAAGAAAUUAGGAGGCGGGAGAUUGCAGAGAAAGCCAAGAUUGAACAAGAAAUCAAAGCUGCCCAAACACUUGUACAGAUGAGGGCGGAAGCCGAGCUGAAAAUCCAGAGAGUAGCGGCCAGAAUCGCAUUGGAGAAGAUGGAAAAGACGGUUGAAUUCAACGAUGCAUUGCAGAUAAUGAGAGAUUUUGAGAGUUUGUUGAAUGCUACUGUUUGUUAGU